GAGCAGCUGGGCUCUCUUGGCAGUCACCAUGAGGGCGCUGGUCCUGCUCGGCUGCCUCCUGGCCUCGCUCCUGUUCUCAGGACAAGCAGAACUGCAAGUCUCCGCGUCGGGUGGCACAGAAGAUGUUGGCAAUUUGUUGGAGAAUCAUUUCUCUGCUGGAGACACAAGUCUAGAGGAGAAAGAAAGGGCGCUUUAUGCAGACACAGCCCCUCAAGAGAAGAAACUGCUCCUUCACUGCCCAGAUGGCAGGGAGGCCGAGAGCCCCGAGAAGACCCCUGUGUCAGCCCCCGGCCCGGGCUCCGAUCCUGAAGCCAGCCUUUCCAAUGCCUCAGCUACAGAGUCACCUCCACCUGGGGAAAAGGACAACAGGGACUCUGCGGGGCCUGGGGAGGAAAAGAAUGGCCCACCAGUGGCAAGCGCCCUCCCUCCAGGAGGGGCCGAGGGGCCUGUGGAAGAGGAGUGGCCGGAGCCCAGUUCUGGACAUGGAGUAGGAGAGGAGGAGACUGGGCUUGGGCUCCCGACGGAGGGAGCUGCCAGUGGAGAGGCAGAACAGGCGGGGGGCCAUGAACUCCCUGAGGAAGUCCAGGAGGUCCCAGGGGACAGCCCGGUGCAGGGAGCAGUGGCAGGGACAGCAGAGCCGGAGGCAGAGGGGGCCUCUCCUCGCUCAGAGGGUGAUGGGUUCCACUCACUGAACACAGAGGCCGAGGGCGGCCCUGGGCCUGGCCAGGAGCCUACAGUGCCAGAGGGAGCCCCUGACAUCGCGUCUGUUGUGGGAGAGUCGGAGCCAGAUAUUGACACAGAAGCCGGUGAGGGCACCAAGGACCAGGGGGAGCCCGGCCCAGCUGCAGAGGCCAGUGCAGAACCUGGGGGCGCCCAGAGCACCAAGGCAGGGGACACUGAGGAGAACCAGGCCCCAGAGAUGACCGAGGAGGACGCAGAUGAGGCCUCCUCUGAAGAGGAAAGUGGCGAUGGAGGUGAAAGCGAGGAAGAAGGAGGAGUUCCCUCCGAAGAGGAGUCCGAAGAGGACAGUGGCGAUGGGGCUAGCUCAGAAGAAGCAGAGGGCACCUUCGAAGAGGCCACACAGGACCAGGAGGCCCAGGAGCCCCGGGAAGCCAGGGAACCCCAGGAAGGCAGGGAUCUCCAGGAAGCCAAGGAGCCCCAGGAAGGUGGAGCACCACAGGAAAGCGGGGAGCCCCAGGAAGGCGGGGAGCUUCAGGAAGCCACAGGAACCACAAGCCACAGGGACAGAGGGGCCCAGCCUGGCUCGGAGGAAUUGAAUGCGGAGUCCAUGGGCAGUGAGACCCUGGACAUGAAGGCAGAGGAGCCCGAGGAGGGACAUCAGGGGAGGGAGAGUCCCAUCAUUGCUGCCCAGGAAGAGACGGAGGAUGCAAAUGAAGAAGCCCCACUGAGAGACCGCUCCCACAUCGAGAAGACCCUCAUGCUGAAUGAGGACAAGCCAUCUGAUGACUACUCUGCGGUGCUUCAGCGGCUUCGGAAGAUCUACCACUCAUCCAUCAAGCCCCUGGAGCAGUCCUACAAGUACAAUGAGCUCCGGCAGCAUGAGAUCACAGAUGGAGAGAUUACCUCCAAGCCCAUGGUGCUGUUCCUGGGACCGUGGAGUGUUGGUAAAUCUACCAUGAUAAACUACCUCCUUGGGCUGGAAAAUACUCGCUAUCAGCUCUAUACAGGCGCCGAACCCACCACCUCUGAGUUCACGGUCCUCAUGCACGGGCCCAAGCUGAAAACCAUCGAGGGCAUCGUCAUGGCUGCUGACAGCGCCCGCUCCUUCUCACCCCUUGAGAAGUUUGGCCAGAAUUUCCUAGAGAAGCUGAUUGGCAUUGAGGUUCCCCACAAACUUCUGGAGAGGGUCACUUUUGUGGAUACACCAGGCAUCAUCGAGAACCGCAAGCAGCAAGAAAGAGGGUAUCCCUUCAACGAUGUGUGCCAGUGGUUCAUCGACAGAGCUGAUCUCAUCUUUGUCGUCUUUGACCCAACCAAGCUGGAUGUGGGUCUGGAGCUGGAGAUGCUCUUCCGCCAGUUGAAGGGGCGUGAAUCCCAGAUAAGGAUCAUCCUGAACAAGGCUGACAAUCUGGCCACCCAAAUGCUCAUGCGGGUUUACGGGGCCCUCUUCUGGAGCUUGGCCCCUCUCAUCAAUGUCACAGAGCCCCCAAGGGUUUACGUCAGCUCCUUCUGGCCACAAGAGUAUAAGCCAGACACCCAUCAGGAACUGUUCCUCCAAGAAGAGAUCUCCCUCCUGGAAGACCUGAAUCAGGUGAUCGAGAACAGAUUGGAGAACAAGAUUGCCUUCAUCCGCCAGCACGCCAUCCGGGUCCGCAUCCACGCCCUCCUGGUUGACCGCUACCUGCAGACUUACAAGGACAAAAUGACCUUCUUCAGUGAUGGAGAACUGGUCUUUAAGGACAUUGUGGAAGAUCCUGAUAAAUUCUACAUCUUCAAGACCAUCCUGGCAAAGACCAAUGUCAGCAAAUUUGACCUUCCCAACCGUGAGGCCUAUAAGGACUUCUUUGGCAUCAAUCCCAUUUCCAGUUUCAAACUGCUCUCCCAGCAGUGCUCCUACAUGGGAGGUUGCUUUCUGGAGAAGAUCGAGCGGGCCAUCACUCAGGAGCUUCCGGGCCUCCUGGGUAGCCUUGGGCUAGGGAAGAAUCCAGGUGCUCUCAACUGUGACAAAACAGGGUGUAGCGAAACCCCAAAAAAUCGCUACAGGAAGCACUAGGUGGUAUAGCGGUUCUUGGGUUCCUGUUGGUGAAUGAGCUUGUGUCCUAACUGUCUGAGAAGUCCCGGUCUAUUAACCCUUUGAGCCACAGUGGCAGGAAUUAUUACGUAGUGGAGAUUUGGGAGUUCAUUGAGGCCAGGGGUCGGGGCAGGUGCGUGGGUCUAGGGAGGAGAGUGGAAACUGUGAAUUCUAACGUGCUUGUCUUAUCGUUUCAAUGAGGAGGCCUGGCUGAGGCAAGUCAGCCUCCACCUGCUUUUCCUGGGUCCUGUCUUGGAAGGACAGAGAGCAGCUACAUUGUAGUGUAUCUUCAGUGAGGGUCAAAAAAGCUAAAAGCAGCUGAAAUUCCUUGUCCCCUGGGAGCUGGGAAAACAGCGAAGGCCUGAGUCGUAGAGAUUGUCAGGUCCCUUUUGGCUUCUUUCCACACCCACAGUCUCACGUUUGUUCCCUUGGCUGCCUCUUAACUUUGGGCUGACUUUCAACAGUGAACAUCUCUUGGGUCUGAAUAUACCUGGGUUUGUUUUUAUUUUUUUUGAGACAGAGUCUCACUCUGUCGUCCAAGCUGGAGCGUAGUGGUGCAAUCUCAGCUCACUGCAACCUCCGCCUCCUGGGUUCAAGCGAUUCUCCUGCCUCGGGCUCCCGAGUAGCUGAGAUUAUAGGCCUACCACCACGCCCAGCUAAUUUUUGUACUUUUAGUAGAAAUGGGGCUUCACCAUGUUGCCCAGGCUGGCCUCAAACUCCUGACCUCAAGUGAUCCACAUGCCUCGGCCUUCCAAAGUGCUGGGAUUACAGGCAUGAGCUGCCGCACUGGGCCUCCAACUGGGUUUUGAGCCAAUCCCCAGGACUUGCUCCUGGUUUCCUCAAGGGGUGGGGCAGUGGUUUAGGACACUAGACAAGUAAGAACAGGAGUUCCCAGGAAGGACGAGGAUCUGCCUCCCCCACUGCCACUUCUCUGAUGUGUUCCUCAAAGCCAGCUCGGCUCAGGGGCACGAUCCCUUUAUCGGACCCAGGAGGAGGGGACUGUUUGGUGUGUCCAGGCAAUUUACUCUUGGAAGUCACUUUAGUGAAGGUCGUGGAAGGGCUCAGAGGGUUAAUUGGUUUGCAGUGUGUCUUUGUCUAUUGCAUGUCUUGGAAAACUCAGAUCCCAAAGGCGCUGGGUUUCAGAGAGGACAGUGGAGACCUUGCUCCUUUUCCUUAGGCCGCCAGUCUCUCUCAAAUUUCAGAGCAGGCUGUUUCCACAACUCCCCUGUGGAAACACUCAGCAGCGGAGUUGCUCCUUCGCAGUUUCCACAUCAUGGCUUUUCCUUUCCUUUCUUCUCCAUUCCCUGAUGCAUCAACACUUAAAACUCGGAGCAAUUUCCUAAGAGUCAGAACCAGCACCAGCCACUCAGUGUCGGCGGCCACCAAGGCUUAACACUGACCUUCCCGCCUGACCUUGACGCAGAUGUCCACUGAACACACCGCAGGAAAACCAGGGCCUUCAAUACCGAUGAGUGUGAAUAUGUGUGUAUGUUGGCCAAGAGAGAUUAGGGAGAUCACAUAGACUUGAGGGAGUAGAGAGCUUGUAACAGUCUUGCAAGGCUAUAGCAUGCACGGCUCUGCAGCAGGUGGUGGGGAGCAGAGGAGCAGGCCCUGCAGGGAAGAAGCAGCCUUUGGAUGGUGAAAUGUGCAUGGUGCACGGUCUGUGCACGCCCAGGAGACCCAGCCCGGGCUGCCUCGAGGGACUUCUUUGUGCACAGCCAGCCGCUUCUCUUGGGAACAAGCUGUCCUGGGGGCCUUACCCAUAAGGCAGGAGUCAGGAUGCACCAGCUCAGCACCAGGAAGUCAUCCUGGACCAGAAGGACAGUGGAAAGGCAGGCAGAGGGAGAGGCACUCCGAGGUCAGGCAGGGUAAGGCAGUUCGCAGUCAGAUUAGGUCUACGCAGAGAACCUUGAGUUAGGAAUUCCUGGUUCUCAGAAUCGUUAUCAGUCUGGUGCAUGCUGUCACAGGGGCCAUUGCGUUUGGCUUUGUGAAGGGCCUGGAACCUUCCACAAGAACACCCAAGGUUCCAGGGCACUCAGGACAGUGUUUCCAAGGAACAAGUCGACCAGGAAAGAAAAGUGAGUUCUGCAAGGGGCAUCCAUGGAGCCUGUGAUGGGGGCUGAUGAGAUGGAAUCUGUCCCGCGUCUCAUUAACCACCCUCUGCAAACCCCAGAACCCCUCACCUCAUCUCUGUACCGUCUGCCCUCUUGGGGGAUGGGCCCUCCCACUUUCCCCUGCCUGUUCCUCCAUGCUGUGAGCUGCUUUGGCAGAUCUGUUUUUCUGUGUAGUGAGGGGAAAAACAAAAAAAAACACGCACAACUGUGUGGGCAUUGUCAUAGCUGUUGAUGUCACCACUGCUUUGGGGGAAAUGGCUGGGACGAGGCUAAUACAUUCAUGCAAUAUUUAUAUUUUCAGGGGGCUACGUUAUCAGCGUGCUCUCCCUGCCUCGGGCUUUUCUUUUGUCAGGUAUCUGUUUUCCUUUUCGUGUUCCUUCUCCGACUUCUCUUGUCUCUGCUGCUCACAGGCCUGCCCAUCAGUCCCGCACAGAUAUUCAGUGUCUGGUGUCUGGCCAGCUCCAUGGAGGGGGCUUUAAGCAGAAUUCUGACUCUUUGGGGUGGGGGAUUAGCAACUGGGGGAAACUUAAAGAUUCAGAGAUUUCCCCAAGAGGAGUGUCUAGAAGGAUCUGUGCCUGGACGGUGGCUGAACCUUUCCAGGGUUCUUUCGUUUCUGAUUUCAUCAGUCUCAAUAAAGUUCCGAUCUCUCUU